GAUCGCGUAGUUCGAAACACGUGAUUUGCCUCCAUCUUGAAGUUUCCCUCUCUCCGCACAACAAUCCACCCUCUCCUCUCCUAGAUUUAGCACCAGUGAGUCUCCGGCGAGUAUCACCGAGCAGGUCUCACCUUUGCCAAUUUUGGUUUUUUUUCUUUUUAUUUGGUUUUUUCGAAAUUAAAAAUUCACCCAAAAACGGAUGACAGUGGAUGAGUCCAUCUUCAAGUUUCUUCCCUCCGCACAAUAAUCCACCCUCUCCUCUCCCAGAUUUCGCACCGGUGAGUCUCCGGCGAGUAUCACGGGGCAAGUCUUAUUCUCCAACCUUCCCUCCACGCAAUUUUCGUUUUUUUUCUUCCUUUUUUUUGUUUUGGUUAUUUCGAAAACAGAAGAUAGAAGGUCAAUCAAAAACGGAAGACAUUGGAUGGGUUUAAGGUUUUUUGGAAAUUGGGCUUUCCUGCGUAUCCAAAGUUCAAACGAUUUGAAAUCGAUCCAAGAGAGACGGGCCCCCGAAGCUCAACCAUCACGUCCAGGUAGCGAUGUUUAGGGCAUGGAUGCCAUGAUUUUGGGCCGAGGCCUGGUUUUACCCGGCCUUGUGACUUUCAUGAUGGUAUUUAUCUGUAUUCGCAGGGGCUUUUGUGUCAUACUGUCAUUCUAAAAAACUAGAGGGUUAAUUAAACCUUUAAGCGGGAAAACGCACUAUCUGCUCGCGGCAACACCCUCGUCAAAUCUCAGGGUUUGUCGAAACUACUCUCUCUGUCUCAAAUCUUGGCACAUCUUCGUCAAAUUCAUAGAACGGGACCGGUUAAUCUUCGAUUAUCGGCUGUAAUAUGAACGGUGACAGCCGGAGACGAGAUCGUAGAGACCUGACGCGGAGCUCCAAGAAGCAGAAGCAAAUCUUCAGCGCCGAGGAGGAGCUCGAGUCCAAGCUAGGGAUCGAUCUCUUCUCUGAGGGCGACAAGCGCCUGGGAUGGUUGCUCACCUAUGCAUCAUCCUCUUGGGAGGACCAAGAGACCAACAAAGUGUAUAGUUGCAUCGAUCUCUAUUUUGUUACUCAGGAUGGUUCUUCAUUUAAGUCAAAGUGCAGGUUCCGUCCUUACUUCUAUGCUGCCACAAAGGAAAAAAUGGAAAUGGAUGUGGAUGCAUACUUGAGGCGACGUUUUGAAAGUCAAAUUGCUGACAUAGAGAUUGUAGACAAAGAGGACCUAGAACUGAAAAAUCAUUUAUCUGGUUUACACAAGUUGUAUUUAAAAAUAUCUUUUGAUACGGUUCAACAAUUGAUGGAAGUGAAAAGAGAUCUCUUGCAUGUAGUAGAGAGAAAUCGGGCAAAGUCUGAUGCUGCAGAAGCGUACGAAUCCAUCUUAACUGGGAAAAGAGAACAAAGACCUCAAGAUUUUCUAGAUUGUGUAGUUGACCUCCGCGAGUAUGAUGUUCCUUACCAUGUUCGCUUUGCCAUCGACAAUGAUGUGCGAUGUGGACAGUGGUAUGAUGUUAGCGUCUCUAGUAAUGGUGUUGUACUUGAGAAGAGGACUGAUCUUCUGCAACGUGCUGAAGUUCAUGUUUGCGCAUUUGAUAUUGAAACUACAAAGCUUCCUCUGAAAUUUCCAGAUGCUGAAUAUGAUUUGGUAAUGAUGAUAUCAUACAUGGUUGAUGGACAAGGAUACCUGAUCACUAACAGAGAGUGUGUUGGAGAAGACAUCGAAAAUUUGGAGUAUACUCCAAAACCAGAAUUUGAAGGUUACUUUAAAGUAACAAAUGCCAAGAAUGAGGUUGAGCUUCUUAGGCAUUGGUUUGCCCACAUGCGAGAGGUGAAGCCUGGUAUUUAUGUUACAUAUAAUGGUGAUUUUUUUGACUGGCCAUUCCUGGAGAGGCGAGCAGCUCAUCAUGGAUAUAUUCUGAGUAAUGAGUUAGGAUUUCAAUGUGACAAGAAUCAGGGAGAGUGCCGUGCUAAGUUUGCUUGCCACUUGGAUUGUUUUGCUUGGGUUAAACGUGAUAGUUAUCUCCCUCAGGGGAGCCAGGGUUUAAAGGCUGUUACGAAGGCCAAGUUGGGAUAUGAUCCACUUGAGGUGAAUCCAGAAGAUAUGGUUCGCUUUGCAAAGGAAAAGCCUCAGAUGAUGGCAUCCUACUCUGUUUCAGAUGCUGUUUCAACUUAUUACUUGUAUAUGACAUAUGUCCAUCCAUUCAUUUUCUCUCUUGCAACUAUAAUUCCCAUGUCGCCAGAUGAGGUUUUACGCAAAGGUAGUGGGACCCUCUGUGAAAUGCUUCUUAUGGUACAGGCUUACAAGGCAAAUGUUAUCUGCCCCAACAAACAUCAAUCUGACCCUGAGAAAUUCUAUAAGAAUCACCUUCUUGAUAGUGAGACGUAUAUAGGUGGACAUGUGGAAUGCCUUGAAAGUGGUGUUUUCAGAUCUGAUAUUCGGACCAGUUUUAAGCUUGAUCCAUCUGCAUAUCAGCAACUUAUCAACAACCUUGAUCGUGAUUUGCAAUAUGCUAUAAGAGUGGAGGGUAAGAUGGAGUUGGACUCAGUCUCCAAUUACGAUGAAGUGAGGAAUGCUAUCCUUGAAAAGCUAGUGAGGUUGCAAGAUGAACCUACACGUGAAGAAUGCCCCCUCAUUUAUCACCUGGAUGUGGCAGCGAUGUAUCCAAACAUCAUUUUAACGAACAGACUUCAGCCCCCAUCAAUUGUUACAGAUGAUGUCUGCACUGCAUGCGAUUUCAAUCGACCUGGAAAAACUUGUCUUCGGAAACUUGAAUGGGUUUGGCGUGGAGAUAUAUUCAUGGCAAAGAAGAGUGACUAUUAUCAUUUGAAGAAGCAAAUUGAGUCUGAGUUUGUUGAAGGCGGCAAUGGUCAGUUAUCAAAAUCUUUUCUUGAUCUGCCAAAGACAGAGCAACAGUUGAAGCUCAAAGAGCGUCUGAAAAAGUACUGUCAAAAGGCAUAUAAACGUGUACUUGACAAACCGGUCACUGAACUUCGUGAAGGGGGGAUAUGCAUGAGAGAAAAUCCAUUUUAUGUGGACACUGUUCGUAGCUUUCGAGAUAGAAGGUAUGAAUACAAAGGACUCAAUAAAACUUGGAAGGGGAAGUUGGCAGAAGCAAAGGCUAGUGGAAACUCUAUUAAGAUUCAGGAAGCGCAAGACAUGGUGGUGCUUUAUGAUUCUUUACAACUGGCUCACAAGUGUAUACUUAAUUCCUUUUAUGGAUAUGUCAUGCGCAAGGGUGCAAGAUGGUAUUCAAUGGAAAUGGCUGGUGUAGUUACAUAUACUGGAGCAAAAAUCAUUCAAAAUGCUCGCUUGCUUGUUGAGAAAAUAGGGAAGCCACUUGAAUUAGAUACAGAUGGUAUUUGGUGUGCGCUUCCUGGAUCUUUUCCUGAGAACUUUACUUUCAAAUCAAAAGAUGGGAAAAAGAAGCUGACAAUAUCAUAUCCAUGUGUCAUGCUUAAUGUUGACGUUGCAAGAAACAAUACAAACCAUCAAUACCAGACGCUGAUAGAUCCUGUCACUAAAACAUAUACAACUCAUAGCGAAUGCUCAAUUGAAUUCGAAGUGGAUGGACCUUACAAGGCAAUGAUUAUUCCUGCUUCCAAGGAAGAAGGAAUUCUUAUAAAGAAAAGAUAUGCUGUUUUUAAUGAUGAUGGAACCCUUGCGGAGCUUAAGGGUUUUGAGAUCAAGCGUAGAGGCGAGCUAAAGCUCAUCAAAGUUUUCCAGGCCGAGCUUUUUGACAAGUUCCUCCAUGGCUUAACCUUAGAGGAAUGCUAUGCAGCUGUUGCUGCUGUUGCAAACCGCUGGCUUGAUCUUCUUGAUAAUCAGGGUAAGAAUAUUGCAGACAGUGAGUUGCUUGAUUACAUAUCAGAAUCGAGCACGAUGAGCAAGUCCUUGGCAGAUUAUGGUGAACAAAAGUCAUGUGCAGUGACCACUGCCAGGCGUCUAGCUGAUUUUCUAGGUGAUACAAUGGUUAAAGACAAAGGAUUGCAUUGCCAGUAUAUAGUUGCAUGUGAACCAAGGGGGACCCCUGUUAGUGAGCGUGCUCUUCCUGUUGCAAUAUUUGAAACUGAUGCUGAAAUAGCGAAGUUUUAUGUAAGAAAAUGGUGCAAGACUUCCUUAGAUAUUGGAAUUCGAUCCAUCAUUGACUGGUCAUAUUACAAGCAACGUCUUAGUUCAGCAAUUCAAAAAAUUAUCACCAUUCCAGCUGCAAUGCAAAAGGUGACAAAUCCUGUCCCCAGGGUGGUUCAUCCAGAUUGGCUGCAUAAAAAGGUUCGUGAGAAGGAGGACAAAUUUCGUCAACGGAAAUUGGUUGAUAUCUUCAGCUCAUCACAUAGGAAUGAUUUGUUGGAAAAGGCUAAUAAUUCAAUAAUUAAUCCUGUAACGAAUGGAGAGCAUGUUGAGGAUAUGGAAGACUUCGGAAGCAAAACCAGAAGUCCUGUCAAUGGACCUAGACCUGUUGUUAAUAGUUACGAAUUCAAUAACAAAGAACGACCAGUUCAGACUAUUGGACAAGUAGAAUCCUUGCAACAACAAACUGAUGGUAAAAAUGAUUUAUUUACCGACAAUAUUGAUAAAAAUAAAGAUUAUCAAGGAUGGCUUGAACUGAAGAAGAGAAAAUGGAAGGAUACAUUGGCAAGAAGGAAGAGACAACGGUUGGGUAGUUCAAGGACUCCACACCGGGCCGAUGGUGCUUCUGAGGUGAUGGAAGGCAUGAUAAGUAAAAGGGGAGAUCAAGCCAAAACUGGUGUUGGUUCAUAUUUUAGGAGGCAUGAAGUUGCCCUAACACGCUGCCACUGGCAGAUAAUACAGCUUGUUCCAGGUUCACAGACUGGCCAAUUUUUUGCUUGGGUGGUGGUUGAAGGAAUUAUGCUUAAAGUUCCUAUAAAUGUUUCAAGAGUAUUUUACCUUAAUUCAAAAGCGCCUAUAACCGAAAAAUUCCCCGGGAAGCGUGUUAGCAAGACUCUUCCCCAUGCGAGGCAUAGCUAUAACCUAAUUGAGAUUAAUAUUGAUGAAGAUAAAUUUAAGAAAGAAAGCAAAAAGCUAGAAGCUCUCCUUGCCGAUCCAGAGGUUGAGGGGAUUUAUGAGACAAAAGUACCACUUGAAUUUAAUGCUAUCCUGCAAAUUGGUUGUGUCUGUAAAGUCAAUAAAACAGCUAAGAGACGCAACGCCCAGGAUAGCUGGAACCUGACUGAACUGCACAUGAAGACUACAACUGAAUGUUCAUAUCUGGAGCAAUCAAUCUCCUUCUUUUACUUGUACCAUAGCAUCUCUGAAGGAAGAGCUAUAUAUGUUGGGUAUUUUCCUGCAUCCAACACAAUGUAUGUUGUUGUGGUAAAUCCUUACCAAAAUAAGGAUUUGUCGCAAUCCUUUCUUGAAAAACAAUAUCGUGAAGCUUGCCAGGCAAUGUCUAUUGAACCACCUCCGAGGAAUGGCAUCAGUUUCAAGGUGGACUACGUCGGAUAUGUCAAGGAUGCCGAAAACAUUAUACAGAGAGCAGUAAAUGAACACAGACAUGAGCAUCGUGGAGCAGCAAUUGCUGUCAUUGAAUGCCCAAAUGUCAAUGUGAUGAAGUCAAAUGUACGUGCUCUUGAUGAUUUCCCAUGCCUGAAGAUUCCCUCUAAUGCUCGUGAUAAUCACUAUCAGGUACUUGGUUGGCAACAAGUUGCUGCAAAAAUUGCUAUGCAACGUUGUGCCGCAUCAUCUCAGUGGUUGAAUGAAAGAAUUUCUCUCUCAAGAUAUGCACAUGUACCUUUGGGAAAUUUUGAACUCGACUGGCUCAUAUUUACUGCAGAUGUUUUCUUCUCAAGAGCAUUACGUGAUCAGCAACAGGUGCUUUGGAUAUCUGAUAAUGGUGUUCCAGAUCUAGGAGUCACCAAUGAAGAAGAUACAUGUUUUGCUGACGAGGUCCACCAACCUGUUCUUACGUACCCUGGAGCAUAUAGAAGAGUCACUGUGGAGCUGAAGAUUCAUCACCUAGCUGUAAAUGCUCUUUUGAAAAGCAACCAAGUGAAUGAAAUGGAAAGAGGUGCUUUGUUAGGAUUUGACCAGGAAGUGAAUACCGGUGCAUUUAACUUAGAUGAACAAUGUGGCUUUGAUGAAGCUACCUGCUCCGCUCCUGCAUUUCGUGUACUGAAACAACUAAUCCAGAGAUGCCUUGCAGAUGCAGUUACGUUAGGAAAUGUGUUUGCUGACGCAAUCUUACAACAUCUGUAUCGAUGGCUUUGCAGCCCUCAUUCGAAACUUCAUGAUCAAGCUCUUCACCGUUUACUUCACAAGGUGAAUGCUGCUCGAACAUAUGAUAUCCUUUUUAAUCAAAAGAUUAAUAUUUCCACAAUGCAGUACAGCCAAAUGGUUAUGCAAAAGGUGUUUGCUUUGUUGCUGGCCGAGCUUCGAAAAUUGGGUGCAAAAGUUAUAUUUGCAAAUUUCUCCAAGGUUAUUAUAGACACAGGAAAAUCUGAUAUAGCUGCUGCCAAAGCUUACUGUGAUAGCUUAGUCAAGGCUCUGCAAACUAGAGAACUGUUUGAGUGGAUUGAACUUGAGCCAUUGAACUUCUGGCAUUCGUUGCUUUUUAUGGAUCAGUAUAACUAUGGUGGCAUACCGGUGAGAGCUGAUGAAAUGUCGCAUGAUGAAUCACAAGUGGAUAUUGUAUCGAGCUGGAAUAUUGCAGACUACUUGCCCAAGAAAAUUCAGGAUCAUUUUGUUUAUAUCGUGUCUCAAUUUCUUUAUAUCCCUUGGAUUUAUGGACAAAAGCAAGCUGAGACCAGAUCAUCUUUGCAAGGUGGCUACUCAAGCACUCCUUCGAUCACAGUUGCAGCUUCAGAGAAUUUCGAAAAUCACAUGGUGGAAUAUCUUAAACAGCAGAUCAGCUCUUACUUCACAGACAAACUUUUAGAUAUUGUCCGUGAUACUGUCCAUCAUAUGAAGGGGAUGAACAGAUUUGAGACUGACCAACCAACUAAAACUGGAAUGUUGCAACCUAGCUUGCACAAAGGAGAUGCUGCAUUGGAGUUCAUAAAGCACGUAUGUGCUGUUCUUGCUCUUGACCAUAAUGUGCAGCACGAUGUUCUGGUGAUGAGAAAGAAUCUAUUGAAAUAUGUGCGUGUGAGGGAGUUUGCUCCUGAAGCAGAGUUUCAUGAUCCCUGCCCUUCUUUCAUCUUGCCAAAUGUAAUCUGCAGCUACUGCAAUGACUGCAGAGACCUGGACUUAUGCCGUGACUCAGCUUUACUAGCUCACGAGUGGCGUUGCGCUGUGCCACAAUGUGGACAACCUUAUGAUCGUGAGGUCAUGGAAAAUGCUCUUCUUCAAAUUGUACGCCAGAGGGAACGCCUUUACCAUUUGCAGGAUCUGGUGUGCCUUAGGUGCAACCAGGUUAAAGCUGCUCAUUUGACUGAACAAUGUGCAUGUGCUGGCUCGUUUAGGUGCAAGGAAGAUGUAUCAGAAUUUCAGAGGAAAAUGCAGAUUUUCUUAAAUGUAGCCAUUCAUCAGAAGUUUGAACUUCUGCGAGAGUGCACCUCAUGGAUAUUAGAAGUUCAAUAGUCUUUUUUUUUUAUUUGUUCUUCAUGUCUGUUGAUACCAGAAGAUCCUAUUUAUGCUGACUCCCAUUGCAAUCCUGUUCGCUGAGGUGAAGCCGAGCUCUGAUCAUGCGUUCAAACAAGUGAGAACUGAGAAGUCAUAGCCAAUAUUUCUCAACAGCUGUCUAGAAUGGCAGGGAGAGAAGUGCUAGUAAGGUGAGUUGCCAUAGCCACGCAGAAUUUCCCUACUACUAGGCCCUAGCACGAGUUAACUAAUGAAAUGCCCAAAAGCCUUUUGUCAUUUAUGCAGAUGUUUGGCUUCGAGAUUUUCAGCAAAACGACUGACCUACAUGGGACGUAUUGUCACAGGUCCAAAUAAUGAGGUUCUGAUUGGGUAAUUUUCUCUCUCAAGGGAAGUGUAUAGUCCACAGUAAGCCAGUUUUCACAAAAUGUAUGUUGCGGUUUUGUAAAUUGUAAAAUGUACAUGCAACUUAGCGCAACUUAAUGAGUAUCAAAUCGAGUU